GUGAGUCAGACGCUGGGAGGAGCGGACUGACGUCACCUCGGUGUCGCUUUAAAACGGUCCCACCCUCCGGUCCGAACCACAAAACACCCGAAAUCUGGAGCGACUCACGGAAAGCGGCGCCUCUGGACGGAACCACUGGAGUCUUCACAGGAUUUACGUGAAGUCACACCUGGCUGUGUGGAUUUGAGUUUCCCGACCCCAGACAAGACACUGUGUCUAAAUCCUCUCACCUGCUGACUUCUUUGUUCAUAUUGUGACACACCAUGUUGCACCUGAAGAAGUAUUUCACCGAGGGGCUCAUCCAGAUUGCCAUCCUGCUCAGUCUCUGUGGGGUGAUAGUCGACGUGGGGCUCGGGCCCUACCUCCCUCUCUCCUGGGAGGACAUGAUCCUGGGUCCGACUUCAGCACUGACCCAGACCCAGUUCCACAACCUCCGCAAUAUAGAGGACGGCCAUCGCCUGCACCCCAAGAGUGUGGACCUGGACACGUUCUUCACGGCUCGGAGGCUGCUGGGCUGGGUCCACUCUGCAGACAGACUACAGGUUCCUCGUGCGGAGCUGGAGACAUGGCUGGUCCAGAGGGAACCAGACCCCCUCCCCCUGGGACAUCCAGAUCAGCUGUCUCCACUGGGGAGAGGUCUUACUGGUGAGGAGAGAGACCACGAUGGUUCUGCUGUGGAGCCCAGAACCGGAGCCGGAGCUGGACAGGAGGAGGAGCAGCUAAGCGAUGCUGGCGCUACAAGGGCAGAACUGGAACCUCAGACGGGCAGGGACCCUGAGCUGUGGCCCACACUCCCCAGUGACGACCCCUCGGACCUGGAGAUCCACUGGCAGGACGUCUUCUCCAUCAUGCAGCCUGAGGAUAAAGACUUUGACAUGUGGACGUCGCCCGACCACACUCCAUGUUCACGUGCACGCUGGACCCCUGUAGAUGUUGGGUCUGAAGCUCUGCUCCACCACUGCACCGACCUCGAGACGGAGGCUCCCCUGCAGCACGGUGCUUUAAAUGGGUUGUUGGGUUCUGGAAGGCAAUCAGAACCCGAGCACGUUCUGCUCCCGCUGACCCCCAGUGCACAGCUGGAUGACCAGAGCGCAGCCUUCCACGACUCCAGCGUCUUCACCUGUCACAGUCCUCCGCAUCACAUGGACCUAUUGGCAGAAGAAACGGGACACGCGGACGACUCGGACGCCUUCAACAUGAACCUGCUGGUUCCCGACCUGGCCGACAACAUGGAAGACUGCCCUUCACACUUAGAUGCCAACGCUCAUUCAUGGGACUCAACACCUUCUAGUUCUGCCAACUCUCAGGAGGGGAACGUGACCCAGGACUGCUUGGGUUCUCCUUCCAGAACCACUGCAGAUGACAAGGAAGCGGACAUUGAGGGUGAGGACGAUCUGCAGAGUCCACUGAGUGGCCUGUUGGACGAUAUCGCCAUGUUGGACGAUGUUCGAUUGUUGGACUUAGCUCUGGAUGACGCCUUUAGUCCUGAGAACUGCUUGGACUGUGAUAUGGUCCAAACAGAACCAAAAACUGAUAAACAUUGCGUUUCUGGAGACGCAGGCAGAGAAGAUCAAAGUCAAGCAGGAGUUCAGCGAGAGGGCGAAGACGAGGCAGAAACCGACUCUGGUCUCUCUUUGGAUUUCAGCCACAGCCCAGCUUCUCCGUGCGACUCUGAGGCCUCCUCUUAUUCCUCGUCCUCAUCCUCCCUGUCACCUGUGGAAAGUCUCUCAUCCAAAGACAGUGACGACGAUGCUGAGGAAGCGUUCGCUGAUUCCGACAUGGAAGUGGCAGUGAGCAUUAAACAGGAGGAAGAGGAGGAGGAGGAGGAGGCACUGGGGGCGGUGGGAGGAUGGAAAACUGACACUGUGAAGAAAGUGAAGUACGAGGAUCACACGUUCUUCGAGGGCUUUCGUAUUGACCACGAUCACACGUACAACCAGCCUUGGUCGCAGGCCUCCCCUCCUCCGCUGGGCAAAAUGCAGAGUCAGCACAUCAGACCCAACCCCUCCUCCUACAGACGGCUCACCAAGGCGAGCGCGUGGGGCCGCGAUGAACGGCGCGCGCAGACGCUGAAGAUCCCUUUCUCCAGCGAGCUGAUCGUGAACCUGCCGGUGGAGGAGUUCAACGACCUGCUGACGAAUCGGCAGCUCAGCGAGGAGCAGGUUGCCCUCAUCAAAGACAUACGACGCCGCGGCAAGAACAAGAUCGCCGCCCAGAACUGCAGGAAGAGGAAGCUGGACGUCCUGCUGGGACUGGAGGACGAAGUGUCCGCCCUGACCCGCCGCCGUUCGUGGCUCCUGCGCGAGAAACGAGAGGCGCUGAAGAAACUGCAGGAGGUGAAGCGUCAACUGGGCGCCUUGUACCAGGAAGUGUCUUCCAGGUUAAGAGAUGAGCACCUGCUUCACUUCGGGCCCGGCGGCGGCGGCGUCAGCGUGGCCACAAACCGACGGCAGGCGCCGCUGUACAGGAGAAGGAAAACUGGCAAGAAGCAGGAGAAGGAGUGAGACGCUCGUCCUGACGAGAGGCUUUGCUCAUUUAAAACACUAAGCGGCGCAGUGACGGUCGAAGGAACAGAUAAAGAAGUGUGUUGGAGAUAAUCCUCAGCCACAGAAUCAUCCCUGGGAGAGAUGGUUUAGGAGGAUGCACAGCUGCAGGACAGGACCAGAAUAACACGGACGACACAACUGAAGUCUUUGUUCUUGGAACUCUGGUUAAAUGAAGCCUUUUUUUUUUUUUUUUUAAACUGGGAAACGACUUGAUGACUCUAUUUUCAUGCCUCACUGGCAGCUGACGUCAGAUGUCUCUGCGGGUCCAACCUCACUGCUACUUGCAGCUGUUUUACCUGAUAAACAUCGUGGCCAUUGUGCGGCAGACUGGACUUUGGGCAGGUUGUCGGUCCUGGGUGUGUCGGUGAAGACCUGCCUUUUAAACACAGCGUGUUGCCUCUGCUAUCUCCUGCUCCCUGUUGUAUCAGCUGCCUUGUCUGGAUCCUGCUGCCAGUCACACCACACUGAUUUUGAAAACUGUAAUUGGUUCUGCACAGCAGGGGUUCGGCGUGGCUGUUGGAUUCGUGUUCAUGUAGUAGCAUUAAAUAGGAAAAGGAAGCAAGCCAAUCUGAAAGUUUGUGGGUUUAAGUAAAGACUUGCCUACAGCGUUUCCGUCAUAUUGAACCCUAUGGAUUAGGAAUAGGAUGUCCCAUAUAUGCGAGUGAGGGCAGAUGACUGACACUUUUGUCAGUAGUGUGUAUUGCAGAGGUUUACAGGUGAGUCAGACGUGCAGAGGUUCAGAUGGAAGAAAUCAGGAAUUUAAAGAAUAGAAACAAUGUUCAUUAAAUGUAGUGAUUUAGUUUCUAAAACGGGUUUAGAUGCAGCCAUGCUUCUAGUUUGUGUGCGUCUGUGCCAGAAGCAGCUUUUUUAAAAUAUAUAUUUUAACAAGCUUUUAUCAGCAUUUCUCUUCCUUUGAGGAACCAUGUGCUUGCUGGCAUUCAAGAAUUUGGGCUCUCAUCUUCUGUAAUAUUUGAAAAGAAAACUAAUAAAAAUUUUCUUUGGAUUCA